AUGCCUACGUAUCUCCGGCACUAUUUCUUGCUACAGCUGCCUAUUCUUCAAACAAAACUACUAGACUAUGAAACCGUUGUCAGCCCUGAAAAGUAUAGGGAACUAUCAAAGGCCUUGAAGCGCACAAGACUACUUUCCAACGAGCGCGCAGCUUGGAUAUUCUUUGCUAUUAUUUUUUCAGUAACAAUGUGCAUUGGUUUAUGGGUUCUUCACAAAGCAAACUUUGACUCAAUAGCCCUUAGUUUGACAAAUGAUGUAGACACUUUUAUUUCAUUCAUGUCAUUGUUCCAUGUCAUAGUUGCAUCAGUAUUUCUCUUGUCGUAUGGUCCUCGAUCUCCUAAAGAAAACUUUCAAAUUAUGAACCAAUUCUAUACUGUUACUGCCUUGACAACAGCGUCUCUUUUGUUUUCAGUUUCCCUUGUAUUCAAUCUUAAUCCGACUGCAUCAUAUGUUUGUCAUACUCUAGGAACAGUGCUUCCUGCUGCUGCUGUGAUUGUCGAUUUGGCUAUUCCUUUACAGUUUUUGAUCACCAAUAAGCGAUAUAAGCUUGAAUUGACGCGUAACUCCAGAUCUAAAAGCUCGCUAUGGUUAAAGCAAGCAUCAAACAGUACACGUAGUGCAGAUAGUAGUCAAGUAGAUACCAUUGAAAGAGUCAGCACGUACAGUUAUAACAACGACUCACCUGCCACGAGUCCGACAGCGAUGAUACCCCAUACUGCAAUCAAGCAACGAAAAAACAUGUCAUAUACUAUUGCACGAAUAAUUGCUGACCCUACUCUUCAUGAUGCAUUCUGCAAAUAUCUUGCAAUGGAAUUUUCAAUGGAAAGUCUUCUUUUUAUUGAGGCAGUGAAAAUAUACAAGGAAAAAGUCAAGGAAUCGCCCAUAACAGAGACAGUCAUGAAACUUUCCAUCAAGAUUGCUGCUGAGUUCAUUAUUCCAAACUCCGUGAAUGAGGUGAAUUUGCCCAAAAAAAUUGUUUUGAAGCUGAAUACUGAGCUUGCUGCAGCUCUUGAAGGAGAGUUUGAUAUGAAAAAGGCCUCGGCUGUGUAUGAUGAUGCAGCUGAGCAUAUCGAGCAAAUGUUGGCUCUGAACCAUUUGCGAAAAUUUCAGACGACAUCAUUGUUCAAGAAUGCCACAGCUUCGCAGUAGCAUAUUGAAAACAUCUAAUGUAGCUCACUGCUAUAUUCACGUAGCAUGCAUCACUAAACAAGAAAGUAUAAUAAACAGUCAGUUUUAUG